AUGGCCCACAAGGGUUCAACCCCACACCUCCCCACCCUCCGACAGCCUAACUCCUUGAACAUUCCUCCCCCACCCAGGACAACCCCGAACAGCCCUACCCCGGACAGCCCCGGACAGCCCCGGACAGCCCCUACCCCGGACAGCUACCCCCGGACAGCCCCUACCCCGGACAGCCCUACCCGGGCAGCCUACUUCCCCGGACACCCCCGACCCCUAGGACAGCCCCUACCCCGGACACCCCCUACCCCGGACAGCCCCUACCCCGGACAGCCCCUACAGCCCCUACCCGGACAGCCCUACGGACAGCCCCUACGGACAGCCCCUACGGACAGCCCCUACCCGGACAGCCUACCCCGGACAGCCCCUACGGACAGCCUACCCCGGACAGCCUACCCGGACAGCCCCUACCCCGGACCUUCCCGGACAGCCCCACCCGGACAGCCCCUACCCGAACAGCCCCUACCCGAACAGCCCCUACCCCGAACAGCCUCUACCCCGAACAGCCCCUACCCGACAGCCCUACCCGAACAGCCCCUACCCCGAACAGCCCUACCCCGGACAGCCCCUACCCCGGACAGCCCCUACGGACAGCCCCUACCCCGGACAGACCCACCCCGGACAGACCCACGGACAGACCACCCGGACAGACCCACCCCGGACAGCUGCUCCGCCAGACAGCCCCCACCAUAA